AUGACGCGUGUUCUCAUCACUGGAUCCGCCGAUGGCCUCGGCCGUCUCGCUGCUCAGAUGCUCACCAAAGAAGGGCAUCAGGUCGUUCUACAUGCUCGUAACGAGCAGCGUGCCAAAGACGCCAUGGCUGGCGUACCUCAAGCCGAAGGCUGUGUCGUCGGCGACCUCACCAGCAUUCAAGAGACCAAGGCUUUGGCCGCCGAAAUCAACAAACUUGGCCGUUUUGAUUCCAUCAUACACAAUGCCGGCAUAGGCCCAAGUGCGUCCUCGCCAAACCACACUUCGGACGGUUAUGCCGCAACUUUUGCGGCGAACAGCCUCGCACCAUACAUCCUCACCUGCUUGAUCAACAAGCCGGCUAGGCUGGUGUACAUGAGCAGCGGCAUGCACCGCGGUGCAAGAUCCACGAUGGAUAUUGAUGAGAUCACUUGGAAGUCGAAGCGGUGGAAUGGGAAUCAGGCGUACUGUGACUCGAAACUGCACGACAUUCUCCUUGCCAAUGCUGUGGCGAAACGAUGGAGUAGUGAGGUGAGAUCGAAUAGUGUCGAUCCCGGAUGGCAGCCCACAAAGAUGGGAGGUUUUGGUGCUCCAGGAGUAUUGGAGGAAGGUGCGAAGACUCAGGUGUGGCUGGCGACAAGUGAGGAUAAGGCAGCGACCGUGACUGGGAAGUACUUUAACUUCAUGCGACAGGACAAACCGAUAGCCGCCGCGUUGGACGAUAAGUUGCAGCAAUCAUUCAUUGAAGUGUGUGAGCAACUAUCGGGCGUCACGUUGCCAUCCUGA